GUGCAACAUCUUCAUCGGUGAUUAUCCGAGGCAGCUAGGUUAUGAUGUAUGCUGUGUUUACAUGUUGAAUGUGUAGAUUUGCGUGGUGCAAAUAAAAAGUUAAUUUUGUUCGUAUACGUGUUGUCAAGUGUAUUAACAUUUACUUUUGACCGCGUGUUAAGUGUACCUCGAAGGUGUUUAGCUUGACAAUGUGCACUGUGGGUGAUGAAGAUGUGGGAGAGAAUUCUUACAUGCAGCCGAAGACCAAAUCACCUGUCAGUAACGUCUGUAGAAAAUGUAAUGAAAAUCGUGCAGAGGUAGUUCUUCGAAAGAAACAUCCCUAUUGCAGACUCUGUUUUGUGCAAGCAGCAACUCAUAAAUUCAGAGCAACUCUUGGGAAAUCAAAGAUCAUUAGAGCAGGUGAUAAUGUAAUGAUAGCUUUUUCUGGCAGUGAAGCUUCAGCUGCACUUGUUCAUUUGGUAUCAGUUGGCUUAAAUGAAGGAAAUCACAAACGACUCUGUUUUAAUCCCAUUAUUUUGUAUGUCGAUGAGGGCUGCAUAUUAGGUCUGUCACGGGAUGAACGAAAAAAUAUAUCUGAUGCUAUCAACAGAAGUUUGGAAACAUAUAGGUUACCUACAUAUAUGACUUCUUUGGAAGCAUUUUUUAAUACUCAAGAACUGAAUUGCUGUAAACUUGGCACAGAAAUGUCACUUUCUGUUGAGAAUGAAGAAAGACUCCAUAAGUUGUUCAAUCAAGUAAAAAGUUUAACUUCAAAAGAAGAGCUUUUGAAAAUUUUAAGAUUUAAGAUACUCCGUAGAGCAGCAAAGUCUUUGAACUGCUCAAAAAUAUUCGUUGCAGAUACUGCAACAGGGUUAGCCACAACUUUAUUGACCAAUGUGUCGUUGGGGAGAGGCGUUCAUUUACCUCUUGAUGUUGGAUUUUGCGAUGAUACUGAUAACAAUCUGUUAAUACUUCGCCCCAUGCGUGAUUUCAUGAAGAAGGAAAUUAUCUUUUACAAUGUUUUCAACAAAGUCAGUGGAGUUCACAUACCAUCAAUUGUUACAAAGGUUAGCUCCAAGCAGAGCAUUCAGAAGCUAACUGAAAAAUUUGUAAUGGAGCUUCAGCAGGACUAUCCAUCUACUGCAUCUGUAGUGUUCCGUACUGGAGAAAAGCUUAGUAUGCCAAGGGACAUCAAGCUUUCAAAUGAGACUUGUUCCCUCUGUGAGGCACCACUAGAUGACAGAAAUAUGAAAUCUUCUUCUCUUCAAGCUACUGAAUUUUCACGUCUAGCUUCCCAUCUAGGACCUUCUGGAUUCAGUGCUGACAGCAUUAUGAGUGACUCUUAUUCAGUGAAAAACAAUUUCUCAAGUGAAAUAAAAGAAGAAUGUCAGUCAGAAAGUGCCGAUAAAGUGGACUGCAGUUCAUUCACAGAUGGUUGUGAUUGUCAGCAUAAGUGUAGUCCUGACAUGAAAAUAUGUAUUUCUGAUGCUGAAAAAUGCUUUUGCUAUAGCUGUCGAAUUAUUUUGAAAGAACUAGUCAAAUUUUGUGUCCACGUACUGCUUGUGACUUAUCCUAUACAACUGUAUUAAUCAAGGUAGAAUCACAGGACAACAACCACAUCCAUGCCCAUGGGGGGAAUCUAACCCCCAGCCAGAACAGCCCAGCCGUCCACAGCACGACUAUCCUGCCCGGCUUAUCUGGGAACUGCCCGCUGGGAUUUCUUGACUUCCGUGCCCUCGAUCAGUGGCGAGCGCUGCGCUAAGCCCGCACCGUGCUUGCAACCUGCCGUGCCUUCCUUAUUGUCAGUGUCAGAGUUGUGCUCUUAGACAUCUCAUCUCGGGCUGAAUAGCUUAUAUGAACAGUUCGUUAUACUGGUGUCGACUGUUUCAUUUCUGUCAUCUGUUUACCAUGAAACGAGCUUCAAAGAUAACAUUUUUUCUCUCUAAAAAACAGAAGACAACAGGUGAGUUCAUUAUAGCGUAAGAUUAUGGUUCGUGUGGUGCUAUAUGGACAAAAGUUGAUUGUUCAUGUAUAUGUAUUUCUUAAUUUUGGAAUUGAGUUCUGGAAGUCAAGCUAUUUGAGAUUACACUACAAUUUUU